AUGGGAGGUAGAGUAUCCCUCAUUAACUCGGUUAUAGCUAACCUACCUAUUCAUCACUUGGCUUUCUUCAAGGCUCCCAAAAAAGUAGUGAACGAAAUCAUCGCAAUCCAACAUCGGUUUUUAUGGGCUGGGAAUUCCAGUAAAAAAUUCAUCUCUUGGAUAUCUUGGAACUCAGUCUGCAAACCGAAGGAUCACGGAGGUCUUGGAAUUAAACACGUAGGUCGCUUUAAUUGUGCUCUUAUAGCAAAAUGGUUGUGGAGAUUUCAAAGCGGUGGAAAUGAAAUUUGGAGGAAGACCCUCACUCUCAGAUACGGUAAUUUGAGUAUUAAGUUGAAAAAUUUUAUCGAUGUUGGUAGUUUGAAAUCCGACUCUAUUUGGUUGAAGGAUAUUAUGUCAAGCUGUAUCUACGACCCCCAUAUGGACUUCUGCAAGUUCACGACUUGCUCUGUUGGAGAAGGUCAUGGUGCGGCGUUCUGGAAGUCAAAUUGGAUUGGAUAUUUGCCGCUUAAAAGUAUAUUCCAACAGCUGUUUCAGGGUUGUUCCAAGAAGGCGUCGACCGUCAGUGAGAUGGGAGCUUGGGAGGAUGGGCAGUGGGUUUGGAAAAUUAGAGAAAAUGUGAUCGAUGCAGGAUCCCCUAUAGAACCAGAAUGGACCGAUUAUCGUAAUAUGUUGGAACAUGUUUCAGUUAACAAUAAUGAGUCCGAUAACUGGAAGUGGUUACUUGACAACUCAAUGUCGUAUAAGGUUAUCUCUUUUUACUCUGCUUUAACCUCUUCUUCCUCUGUUCAUGAUAUUGGAAAUGAUACUGCAACCCUUCUGGAGAUCCUUUGGAAAACAGUGUUACUGGCGAAAGUUCAAACUUUAGUUGGAGGAUGGCGCUUGAUAGGCUGCCUAUUAGAUCUAAUUUGA